AUGACAGACUUUUUAUCUCCAUUGGCACCAGGUAAGGCUGGGAUUCUGAACGUUAUCGACAUCUCCGCCCCCUCCUCUCCGCGUGUGCUCCAUCGGCAGAAGCUGCCAGGUCAGGAGAUCGGCAUGGACAUGUGCGGAGCGCAUCUGGCGGUUACUUUGACCGGGGAAUCCCUCGUUGAUACCGGCAAGGUGCUGGUGUACAGAACAUACAGCGAUGGACAAACGUCAAUGGACCUCGUGCAUGAUAUACCGGUUGGCAGUCGACCUGAUUCAGUCAAAUUCACCAAAGACUGCAGAAGGUUGGUGGUUGGCAACGAGGCACCUGCAGGGGAAGAUGCGUCGGGAAACUUCGUGGAUCCCGAGGGAACAGUGAUGCUGAUCGACUUCGGGUCGGAAGACAUCGGUAGCGUCAUCACUCCCGACGUGCGAACGGCGGACUUCCGAAAAUUUGAUGCCCUAGGAGAUUUCUAUGAAUCCUCUGGUGUCCGGUGGCUCUUGAAGGGGUUGGCAGUAUCCUCAAACAUCAACUCCAGUAGUUUCUAUCGAACCCUGGAGCCAGAGUACAUCACAUUGAAUGAGGAUGAGUCCAAAGCCUAUAUCUGCCUUCAGACCAACAACGCCAUUGCCGUUCUUGACAUGACUACGGCUACAUUUGACGACAUCUACCCACUGGGAACAAAGUACUGGGGCGAGUACUAGUCAUCGUUAGAUGCAAGUGACGGUGAUGGAGGAAUUCGCUUUCAAAAUUGGCCAAUCUAUGGACUUCGGCAACCGGACGCGAUGUCAUAUUUCGUGCAUGGUAACACGGGGUACAUCGUGACAGCCGACGAAGGCAGUCCCACCAAGGUGUCAUUCCGCAAUUCCCGGGGCGCUCGCGUGCUGUAUGACGAGCAACUGAAAGGGAAAGAAGUUGAUGAACUGGACCUUCUCUCGUCUUCUUUUUCGAAUGAAAGACUUAAAGAAGCUAUAAACGAUAACAGCGAGUUAGGCUGCCUGAGGUUCAGCUCGGUUGACGGGUUGGACCCCGCAGAGCCGUCCAAACUCUCCCGACUCCACACGUUCGGCGGGCGAGGCGUGUCCAUCUUCCGAGCGGAGAACCUGACCUUGGUAUGGGACAGCGGAGACGACCUGGAGAGGAUGGAGGCGAAGUUCUACCCGGAGAUCUUCAACUCACGGUAUAAGUAUCUGGAUGAGAGGCCAACAGAUCAGUUCGACGACAGAUCGUGCAAGAGGGGACCAGAGCCUCAGUCACUGACUGUGGGUCACCUGGGGAAGAAAACAAUCCUCUUCAUCGCCGCGGAGAAGACAGGGUCCAUCUUCAUCUACUCUCUUGACGCCGGGGAGGAGAUACGUCCCGCUUUCCAGAGCGUGUACUGGGGAGGGCGGGCGGACCUGACCUGGGGGGAGGCGUACCGGACCAGGCAGGUCGGGGACACGGAUGUGGAGGACAUGAGAUUUGUUCCCGGUGAUAAGAGUCCUAACGGGAAGCCGCUCCUUCUGGUGGCCGGGACGUCCAGCGGGACCGUGUCUGUCUAUGAAGUGAUGGAAUCUGAAAUAACUGCCCAAGCCAGCACCGAAACACCUGCCCUGUAUCUGGGGUUCAUCACCAUUCUGUGUCUCCUGGUCAUCAAUGGCUAA